AUGGAAGAGGGGGUCACGUACGCCGAUCUGCGCUUGCCCCCUGCACCAGCUCCUCAGCCGCCAGUGAGGCUGCCCUGGUGCUGGGCAGCCCUCAGCCUGGCUCUCCUCUCCCUGCUGCUCCUGCUGGCACAAAUCAUCCUCGUUGGCUUGAGCUUCCACUAUUUAGGAAAACAGGCGAGCUGCACCCAUGGUUCCUGGAGCAUGGAGAAGAGCCCCAGCUAUGGGCGACAGACACUGCAAGGGCGAUGCCAGUUCUGCCCGGUCGGCUGGCUCUGGGAUGCGGGGCAGUGCUACUACUUCUCCUCUGCCAAAAAGAGCUGGGAGCAGAGCAGAGAGGACUGCUGCUCCAGAGGGGCACGGCUGGUCACCAUCCGAGCCAACACCACCCUGGCUUUCCUGGUGCGCACAGCCAACAUGGACGUCUUCCACGUGGGGCUGAAGCGGGACAGCUUCAGGUUGGACUGGAAGUGGCUGGAUGGCACCGCACUGAAGGGGCUCUUCCCAAUCCAGCGCUCCACCAACUCCUUCCUGGCCUGUGGCAGGGUGUCAGGCACGGGGCUGUCAGGCGGUCUGUGUGGCGAAGCCCUCGGCUGGGUCUGCGAGCAGAAAGCGGCCACCCUGCAGUGGCUCCGCUCCCCAACUCCCGCCUUCCUCUGGGGAAACACCACCUACAUCUGUGUGGGAUCCUGA